AAAUUCAGAGGGAAACAAAAAAGGAUUCAAUUUCUGAAGAAACUGUCGCCGGCCCAAGCUAAACAAAGCAGAAAAUGCAGAAGUCUCAACUGUCAAGCCGGCAACGAGCCAACGACUAUCUCGUUGUGGUUGCACACCUGCACCUUCCGAUGAUCCCCUUCUCCCUCCUCGCCGUCGUCCUCGUCUGCGGCAUCGCCGGUGCCGAUGGCCUUGCAGGGUGCCAGAUAAGUUGCGGCGCGACGUCGGAGAAGGUGGUCGGCGACGUGACAUGGGUCCCCGAUGCCGGCCGGUUCGUCGGCGUCGGCAACGCCACCGAUCUGAAGUCACCGGGCGUGCUGCCGGUGCUCUCCUCGCUCCGGUACUUCCCGGACACGUCGGCGAGGAAGUAUUGCUACGUGGUGCCCGCCGAGAGGAAGAGGAAGUACCUCGUCCGCACGACGUACUUCUACGGCGGGUUCGACGGCGGCGGUGCGCCGCCGGUGUUCGACCAGAUCAUCGACGGGACGCGGUGGAGCGAGGUGGACACGGCCGGCGACUACGCCAGGGGCCUCGCGACGUACUACGAGGCCGUGGUGCUCGCCGCCGGCAAGGAGGUCAGCGUGUGCCUGGCCAGGAACGCCGCCACCAAGUCCAGCCCCUUCAUCUCCGCGCUCGAGGUGUCGCCAUUGGAGGACUCGGUGUACAACUCCACCGACUUCGAGUCCUACGCCCUCAGCACCAUCGCGCGCCACAGCUUCGGCCAUGACGGCUCAGCCGCCGUCAGCUAUCCACCGGGUGAUCGUCUCAACCGGUUCUGGGAGGCGCACAGCGACGGGAUGCCGGUGGUGGAGAGCCAGGCGAGCGUGUCGCCGGCGGCGUUCUGGAACAAGCCACCGGAGGAGGUGUUCCGCCGAGGCGUCACGGCGGCCGGACGCGGCGAGAGCCUGGAGCUCCAGUGGCCGCCGGCGCCGCUCCCCGCUGCGAGCUACUACCUGGCACUCUACUUCCAGGACAGCCGCGCGCCGGGCCCGCUCAGCUGGAGAGUCUUCGACGUCGCCGUCAACGGCCAGACCUUCUUCGCCGGCCUGAACGUCUCGACGGCGGGGUCGAUGCUCUACGGCGACAGGUGGCCGCUCUCCGGGCGGACAAAGAUCACGCUGACACCUGCGCCGGGUUCGCCGGUCGGACCGGUGAUCAACGCCGCCGAGCUGAUGAUGGUUGUUCCGCUCGGAGGGAGGACACAUCCCAGAGAUGUGAUCGGCAUGGAGGCGCUAGCUAGAGGUUUCGACAGCACGCCGCCUGACUGGGCCGGCGAUCCAUGCUUGCCUCAGGGGAACUCAUGGACUGGCGUCACCUGCACCCAAGGGCCGCUUGCUCGAGUGGUUGCUCUGAAUCUCACUAAUUUUAGUGUUGGAGGAUCAAUAUCUGACGGCAUUGCCAACCUGACUGCAGUCUCAAGCAUUUGGCUUGUGGGGAACAAUCUGACCGGAGCAAUUCCAGAUAUGAGCCUCCUACAUCAUUUGGUUUCUCUGCAUCUGGAGAACAACCGACUGACAGGGGUGAUUCCUCCAUCGCUAGGAAAUCUGCCAAGGCUUCGUGAACUGUUUGUGCAGAACAAUACAUUGCAAGGGAUGAUUCCAAGCAACCUCAAGAACAGGACAGACAUUAUGUUCCAAUAUGCACCCGGGAAUAACCUUAGCUAACAGAUUCACCAACUAGAAGCUUGGUCAGGUUCAGAUCAAUCCGGUGUUCACAAGAUAAAGAAAGAGUUAUGAACAUUCGAUGACAUGCUUGCAUACAUACAACAGAAUAGUAAUCAUAUACCAAUGUUUUAUCUAUUCUUUUGGUUCUUUUGGAUUUUGAUAGUGUCCGUUUUUGCUCCAAGUUUCUUUUCUUUUUGAAAAAAAAGGUCCUCCUGAAUGUACUUAA